GCACCAAUAUUCCAAAAAUAUGACGAGAUUAUUUGCAUAUCAUUUACUGAGUAUAUUUGUCAUUUUUCCCAUUAUAAAAUCCCAUUCAAAGUAUAUUCAGCACAAUUGAGUAAGUUUCAAAUUUUAAUCUUGCCCUGUCCUCCCAUGGGAAAUCUAGGCUUCCAUCUCUGCAUUUUGAUAUCCCUAGCUUGUUUUAAUUUCCCAAUUAAUUGUUUUGAUAUACAAAACAAAGUGACAACAACUCUUUUUGUGUUUGGAGACUCCAUGUUUGAUCCUGGAAACAAUAAUUACAUAAUCAAUCCUUCAGCUUAUAAAGCAAAUUUUGAGCCAUAUGGAAAAUCAUAUUUUAAGCAUCCUACUGGCAGAUUUUCUGAUGGCCGCCUCGUCCCUGAUUUUAUUGCGGAAUUUGCAAAUUUACCAAUGAUUCCAUCAUUUUACCAAGCUCUUCACAAUCAUUCAAUUAAUCAUGGAGUGAACUUUGCAUCUGCUGGUGCUGGUUGUCUAGAUGAAACCUACAGUGAAAAGGUGAUCUCCCUAAAUACUCAAUUAGGCAAUUUUAAGAUUAUAAGAAAAAAGUUGAAGGCACAACUAGGGAAAAAAGGUUCAAAGGCAUUGUUAUCCAAUGCAGUCUACUUGUUCAGCAUAGGCAACAACGAUUAUCUACGUCUUUAUGACAUUCCAGAUAUACCUUCAGACAUGUCUUGCUUAGCUUAUGCAACAGAGCACGAAUACAUGAAUAUGGUGAUGGAUAGCUUCGUUACGGUCAUGAUGGAAAUACACAAGUUAGGUGGGAGAAAAUUUGGGAUCCAGGAUUUGCUGCCUUUGGGUUGUUUACCAAGAUUUAGGGGUCUUGCUUUUCUUAAGGAAGGUCCUCAUAGUGAUUGCUUGGAUGAACUCAACUCUGUAGUAAAGAAGCACAAUUUAGCUCUUUCGCGAAAAUUUAAACAGUUGAAGAAGAAAUUAAGAGGUUUCGAGUACUCAUUCUUCAGUAUCUUUGAUGCUCUUAAUGAACUCUUUGAAGAUCCUUCAACAUAUGGUUUCAAAGAAGCAAAGGCGGCAUGCUGUGGGUUUGGUCCAUAUAGAGGAUUUGGUAGUUGUGGAAUGGCAGAGGCUUAUGAGUUGUGCAAAAAUGUGAAGGAGCAUGCAAUAUUUGACUCUUAUCAUCCCACUGAAAAGGCUUUCCAUCACUUUGCGCGAGUAUGGUGGCAGGGAAAUUCAAAUGUGGUUGAGUCUCAAAGUUUGAAAUCCCUCUUGGCCUAGUCACUGGUUCGUUACGUUCUUUGUCUUCUUUAGUGGCCAAGUUAAAGUGUUCAUUGUUUGUGUACCAUUUCAUUUUUUUCAAGGUUGAGCUUUUUCAAUUUAAGUUAAUGCUAUGUUUUUCAGCGUCAUAAAAAAUGUUGAUCAUCAAAUUGUAAGUCACUUUAUCUUUUCUUUUUAAAACUUUUUCUUAUUAUAUUGGGGAUCAUGAAGAAGACAGAAAAAGACGGAAAAUUGAAUUCAUACCAACUAUAUUGUGAGAGACAUUGAACUGUACAUGUAGAACGGAAGCUGUUAUGUAUUUUGGUCGAUUGGCUAAAACCCCUAUAAAUUAAAGUU